UCCAGUUGUGUAAAAUGAAGCUCUACUAUGUGGUCUCCGCUCUCCUCACUCGCGCGCUCUUUGGAGAUAUUUGUUUGGCCAUCAAUGUCACCAUCGUCCCCGCUCCGUUUACGGUAGCCCAGGAGGGUCAGAACAUCACUCUGUCCUGCAUCGUUUCUCAGCGCCGCAGAAAUGCUGCUCUACCUGUCGUCAAAUGGACCUUCCUCCCCGCUGGUGCCGAGAGGGCGGAGGAGGAACUCCUUAUUGCCCGAGUCAACAUGAGGAAGGCCCGUUUCUAUGGCAACUACACCAAAAGCUUCUCUUGGCCCAAGAUGAAGCUGACGGUGGUGAAGCAGGGGAAGAUUUUUGACCUGAUGAUCCUGAACGUAGCGGAAGGAGAUCGGGGGCUGUACAUGUGCAAAGUGCAGGAGUUUAAGAAGCACCAGGAGAGAUGGAAGGCCUCGUCCAACUGCACUGCUGCCACCGAGCUCAGAGUUCACGUGCUGCCUGCCACCAAAGCCAAAGAGAGCCUGUGGAGCCUGUUUGAAGACGUGUACCUGUGUGCGGUGUUGAUCUGCUCCGUUGGGCUGCUGUGCAUGUGUAUGUUCACGGUCACUGUCACCUGCCAGUACCUCCACAGGAAACAGAGGUUAAAAGAGGCCUACCACCUGGUCAAAAGUCCACAGAACAGCUCUGGAGAGACAGUCACCAGUGUCAUCAGUGUAUCUCCGGCUCUGCCCAAAAAACAAAGGCGUUACAGGAAGAAGAGAAGCAGACAUUACCAAGAGGAGACUCCCCCAGAAAUACCAGCUAAAGUUCCAAUUGGAGACAAAAGAAAACCCAAGCUUUUAAAACCGCAACCCAGGAAGGUUUUGUUGCCAAAGAUUGUGGAGGAGAACCUGACAUACGCAGAGCUGGACCUGGUCAAGCCUUUACCAGAGACAAAGGCGAGUCGCAACGGGACAGUGUACGCUCAGAUCAUGUUUGAGGAGCAGCAGCUAUGAGACUCAACAC